UAGCACACAAAAUGAAAUUGGAAGAGAAUGAAGGAUUUCUCACUUAUCAACAAACAAACGCAACACAAUUUGAUAACAGAAGCUGUGGUCGAUCAGAAGGUAUGAGGAGCAGAAGUUCCAUUAUUAUUUCUCAAUCUGCAAAUCGUAGCAUUUUUAGCCCUAGGAUUUCCUCGGCAGCAGAAAUACAUGGAUUUAUGCUGGGUGAGUCAGAAGAAGAGGAAUAUGAAGAUAUGUAUCCAUUGUUGUUUACCCAGUUAAAUGAACUUGUUACCAUGCAGGAAGAUGUAGAAUGGAGAGAAACAGCAAGGUGGAUUAAAUUUGAAGAGAAGACAGAAGAUGGAGCUAACAGAUGGAGUAAACCCCAUGUUACCACACUGACCUUACAUAGUUUGUUUGAACUGAGAACAAGCAUCGAAAAAGGAACUAUUUUAUUGGACACAGAAAGCAGUACUUUUAAAGACAUUGUGGAAAAUGUAAUGAAUCUUAAAAUUGCCAGAAAUUCAAUAAAUCAAGAAGAGAAGAAAAAAAUAUCUUAUAUUCUCAAUCAAAAGCACGUCCAUCAAACUCAGAAGUCAUGGAUAAGAACAGUUGCAGACAAUCUAUCAUCAUGCAAUGGUAACAAAACCCAGAAAGGUGCAACAGUUGAAUUUUCAGAAAAGCCCUUAAAAGAGCAGUUAAAAAACAAAUUUAGAAAGAAGAUACCCACAGGAACAGAAGCAGCGAAUAUACUUGUUGGGGAAGUGGACUUUUUGGAAAAGCCUUUUGCUUCAUUUAUUAGACUGAAAGAGGCAGUUGUACUUGGCUCUUUAAAUGAAGUUGCUCUGCCUAGCAGGUUUAUUUUCAUCCUUUUGGGUCCAAGAAAAAAAAGUAAAACAUAUCAUGAGAUUGGGAGAGCCAUUGCUACUUUACUCACAGAUGAGCUCUUCAGGAAAAUUGCAUACAGUGCUUUAACGAAAGAGGCGCUAAUAGCGGGCAUUGAUGACUUUCUAGAUGAACUCACUGUUUUGCCACCUGGCAAAUCGGAUCCUACCGUGCGCAUCCAGCCACCUAAAUUUCUUCCUUCGCCACAAAAAAGAAAAUCGAAUCUACUACGUGAAUCUAAAUCAUAUUGUAAUGGAAACAGCCAGAGUCCACAUGGACACCCACAUGUCAGUGAAGAACUUAAAAAAACGGGAAAGUUCUUUGGGGGCCUUGUGAAAGAUUUAAGGAGGAAAGCGCCAUGGUACUGGAGUGAUUUCUAUGAUGCUCUUAAUAUACAGUGUCUCUCAACUAUAAUAUUUAUUUAUUUAGCAACUGCUACAAAUGCAAUCACAUUUGGUGGCAUGCUAGGAGAUGCUACUGACAAUAUGCAGGGAGUCAUUGAAAAUUUCCUUGGUACUGCAAUCACUGGGGCAUUAUUUUGUCUGUUUUCUGGACAGCCACUUACCAUACUAAGCAGUACAGGCCCAGUCCUGGUUUUUGAGAGGCUGUUGUAUAACUUUAGCAAAGAUUAUCAACUUGAAUACUUAGAAUUUCGACUUUGGAUUGGACUCUGGGUGGCAUUUUACUGCCUCAUAUUGGUGGCUACUGAGGCUAGUUUCUUGGUACAAUAUUUUACCCGUUUUACAGAAGAAAGUUUUUGUGCACUUAUAAGCUUUAUAUUCAUUUAUGAUGCAAUAAAGAAAAUGAUGAACCUAGCUGAUCAAUUUCCUAUCAACUGGCAAUACCGUUUAAAUAAUGUAACACAGAACAGCUGUGCGUGCAUUCUUCCUGAUGGAGGUAAUGAUUCUUCAAUUGAUAGAAUGGAAUACAGGAUUAUUAAUUCUUCAGCACACACAAACUCUGAUUUUUUAGAUUGGGCCCAAUUCACACAAAGUUUGUGCAAGGACUUUAAAGGACAUCUGGAAGGAAAUAAUUGCAACUAUGUGCCUGAUAUUUAUCUCAUGUCUAUACUCCUAUUCUUUGGAACAUUUUUCUGCGUAUCAUCAUUGAAGAGCUUCCAAAACAGCAGAUUUCUAUCCUCAUCGAUAAGAAAACUAACUGCAGAUUUUUCAGUGAUUUUGACAAUCCUGAUUUUCUGCGCAAUUGACUUCAUCUGUGGAUUAGAAACUCCAAAACUUACUGUGCCAAAUGAAUUUAAGCCAACGAACCCCAACAGGAGUUGGGUUGUGUUUCCAUUUGGGGCAAAUCCUUGGUGGGUAUGUUUACUCUCUGGUAUACCGGCAAUUUUGAUCACUAUCCUUGUUUUUAUGGACCAGCAAAUCACGGCUGUAAUUCUUAACCGCAAAGAAUAUAAGUUAAAGAAAGGCGCUGGUCUUCAUCUGGAUUUCUUUUGCAUUGCUAUAUUAAUCAUUCUAACUUCAUUCAUGGGUCUACCAUGGUACGUCUCAGCAACAGUGAUAUCUCUUGCACAUAUGAACAGCUUAAAAAUGGAAACAACUCAAACUGCUCCAGGAGAACAGCCCACAUUCUUGGGGAUCCGCGAACAAAGAGUUACUGGACUAGCUGUGUUCAUCCUAACUGGUACGUCAGUGUUUCUUUCACCAGUACUUAAGUAUAUUCCCAUGCCUGUAUUAUAUGGAAUUUUCCUUCAAAUGGGUGUAGCUGCAUUAGGCAGUAUACAAUUCAUGGAUCGACUACAGUUGCUAUUUAUUCCAUCAAAACAUCAACCUGACAACAUUUACCUUCGACAUGUUCCUUUACAAAAAGUUCAUUUAUUCACUCUAAUUCAGGUAUUGUGUCUAGCCAUUUUAUGGAUUUUGAAAUCAACUGUGGCUGCUAUUAUUUUCCCUUUGAUGCUGUUAGCUCUUGCUGGUAUACGGAAGGCAAUGGAAUGGAUUUUUUCUCAAUACGAACUAAGUUGGCUGGAUGAUAUUCUACCGCAGAAUAAUAGAAAGGAAGCAGAGUCAAAAAUGGAGGACAUCGAUUCAAGUGAUAGUGAAACGUCGGAAUUAAAAUAUCAAGGAAAAAACCCAGAAAUUAACAUUUCAGUGAAUUUGUAAAUGUGAUUGUGUCUGAAGAAAUAACUGGAUAAACAGAAGAAAUACUUGUGAUAACUAUACUGAAUCUCGAUUGAUACAUGAAGAAUAUGUAAGUUUGGUUUCUCUUCCUUCUGUGAUAUUUAAUAAAUCAGUGCCUGAAAUUAAAGUAAACUUCAAUGUUUUUCAAAAGUA